AUGCAGUGGCGAGCGCUGCUCCAGGCCGCCGUCCCUGCACUCUGGUUCACAACGGCCACAGCCCUACCCAACACCAAUCCCUCCAACCACCCACAAGACCUCCACAUUCGAACCAGCCAACCAAACUCAGAACCCGAACCCGAACCUGUGCCCGAAUCCUCCAACACACCAUGGACAGACCCAACACUCACCGACCCGCUCUGGCUCAAAUACGGACUGAACGCCUCAGCCGAAUAUAAAUACUUCCACGAACCCGGCCGCGACGACAUCCUCGGCCACUACGACAUCCGCUUCUUCACCAGCCCCGUCUCCGACACCCUGCGCGCCGAAACCCUCACCCACAUGAUCCGCGCCUACCUAAACUUCUUCAACGAAAAUGACCUGGAAACCUGGAUCGCCCACGGCACCCUGCUGGGCUGGUGGUGGAACGGCCGCAUCCUACCCUGGGACUGGGACAUGGACACGCAGGUGCCCGACACCACGCUCGCUUACCUGGCGGACCACUAUAACCAGACGAUCGUCGAGUAUACGGCGCCGGACUCGCGUGAGAAGAGGCAGUACCUGCUUGAUGUGAAUCCGUGGGCGAGACAGCGCGAGCAUGGGCUCGGCCAUAAUAUUAUUGAUGCGCGCUGGAUCGAUAUUGAUACGGGGCUCUAUAUUGAUAUUACCGGGUUGAGUCUUUUGAAGCCCGUUGAGGAGCCCGGGAUUUGGGGGUGCAAGAAUUUUCACAAGUAUCAGAUUGGGGAUCUUUACCCGUUACGGCGGACGUCUUUUGAGGGCGUGAAGGCUAUGGUGCCGUUUGGGUAUGAUUUGGUUUUGCUCGAGGAGUAUUCGGAGAAGGCUUUGAUUAAUACCAAGUUUCAUAAUCAUACUUGGUUCCCUGAGCUCGCAGAGUGGAUUUCGGAUGAAGUCUUGGCUAAAUUGAGCCUCAAGAUGUCUUCUACGUUUGAUGAUGACAGGCAGUAUGAGUGA